CUGUGCCAAGUGGAUUAUGGAAGUGGGAGAGGAGGGGAAAGGAGAUAGGUGCCGGGCAGGCUUCCGGAUUGUCUAGGGAGGACUUGGAGAGAAGGGCCUGAGCAGGGCUGAGCCAGCUGGCAGGGCAGGUGGAGGGCCGGGGAAGAAGUGGAGCUAGGGAAGGUGCAAGGCUGAGGGCUGUUGGGUUGAGAAAAUGGAAACUGGAGAGCUGGGGCCGCUGCAGGGAGCUGGCUGGCCAGGGGGUGGUGGGGACUGAUGGAGAGGGACCGAGGAAGGAAGUCAGUCAGGCAGCCGGGGCACGGAUGUGUAAGCAAUAAUGGAAGGGAUUGUGAAGGAGUGGGGCCUGGGAGGUGGUGGGAGGAGAGGCAGGGAGGUGGCAGGAAUUGGGGGUCAGGAAUCACGGGGCAGUGGGGUGGUGAUGGAGGUAGGGGCAUAGUGAGGACGUCAGGGUUCCUGGGGGAGAGCAGGAGAGCAAAGGCUGAGGGAGGGAGAGGGGUCAGGGUGAGAAGUGGGCACAUCGGGGGAGCCCUUCAUUGAUUCAACCAAUAGUGGGUAGGGGGUGCUGGGGCCACUGGGACUGGGCACGAUAGGAAGGAUGCAGGGUAUCGGGGUGAUGGCUGGGUCAGCCCAGAGCCUGGGCGGAGAGGGGAAGGUUGGGAAAGGAAGGGGUGCGGAGGUCCCUUCUGGAGCGAAACUGGAUAUCCAGGGUGUGUGGGGUGGGUGGGCGCCAAGUCCUGUUUUAGGCUGCAGUGGUGGACAGGAGAAGGCCUCUGCUGUCCCAGGGCUCACCUUCUAGGGGGAGCUGAUGGACAGAUAAACCAACAGACCUCGGCUGAGCGCUGAGGCGAUGAGUGCUGGGGGAAAAGGCCCACAAAGAGAAGCCCAACCAGCCAGCCCCCAGGCCGCCCCGCCAGGGACCCACCAAUGAGGCACAGAUGGCGGCCGCUGCCGCCCUAGCCCGGCUGGAGCAGAAGCAGUCCCGGGCCUGGGGCCCCACGUCGCAGGACACCAUCCGAAACCAGGUGAGAAAGGAACUUCAAGCCGAAGCCACCGUCAGCGGGAGUCCCGAGGCCCCAGGGACCAACGUGGUAUCUGAGCCGAGAGAGGAAGGUUCCGCCCACCUGGCCGUGCCUGGCGUGUACUUCACCUGUCCGCUCACUGGGGCCACCCUGAGGAAGGACCAGCGGGACGCCCGCAUCAAGGAGGCCAUUCUCUCGUACUUCUCCACCGACCCAGUGGCCGCCUCCAUCAUGAAGAUCUACACGUUCAACAAAGACCAGGACCGGGUGAAGCUGGGUGUGGACACCAUUGCCAAGUACCUGGACAACAUCCACCUGCACCCCGAGGAGGAGAAGUACCGGAAGAUCAAGCUGCAGAACAAGGUGUUUCAGGAGCGCAUUAACUGCCUGGAAGGGACCCACGAGUUUUUUGAGGCCAUUGGGUUCCAGAAGGUGUUGCUUCCCAUCCAGGAUCAGGAGGACCCUGAGGAGUUCUACGUGCUGAGCGAGACCACCUUGGCCCAGCCCCAGAGCCUGGAGAGGCACAAGGAACAGCUGCUGGCUGCGGAGCCCGUGCGCGCCAAGCUGGACCGGCAGCGCCGUGUCUUCCAGCCCUCGCCCCUGGCCUCGCAGUUCGAACUGCCCGGGGACUUCUUCAACCUCACAGCAGAGGAGAUCAAGCGGGAGCAGAGGCUCAGGUCCGACGCGGUGGAGCGGCUGAGUGUGCUUCGGACCAAGGCCAUGCGGGAGAAGGAGGAGCAGCGGGGGCUGCGCAAGUACACCUACACAUUGCUGCGCGUGCGCCUCCCCGAUGGCUGCCUCCUGCAGGGGACCUUCUACGCCCGGGAGCGGCUGGGGGCGGUGUACGGGUUCGUCCGGGAGGCCCUGCAGAGCGACUGGCUGCCUUUUGAGCUGCUGGCCUCGGGAGGGCAGAAGCUGUCCGAGGACGAGAACCUGGCCUUGAACGAGUGCGGGCUGGUGCCCUCUGCCCUCCUGACCUUCUCGUGGGACAUGGCUGUGCUGGAGGACAUCAAGGCCGCGGGGGCCGAGCCGGACUCCAUCCUGAAACCCGAGCUCCUGUCAGCCAUCGAGAAGCUCUCGUGAAAUAAAAGCAGGGUUGGCCUCAGCCCUGUGGGUCGGUCUCAUGCUCUCCCUGUUCCUCUCCCCGCCACCCCAGGGCCUCCAAGCCACCUCUGGAAAUACUUGGCUCUGCCCCAUGGGCACGGGAGGGGCGCCAGCCAUGGAGCUGUGGAACUGGGCCCCGUGGCAGAGCCCCCAUCCCUUGGGGGCUGUGGAGAUGCACCCAAGCCCCCGAGGGAGAGGCCUGGGGCCACCAAGUCUAAGCCCCCCUAGCUGCUUGGUAACUGUGUCACGAAGCUGCCGGGCAGACACACGUGGUAUCUCCCUGGGCAGGAGAGCAGGCCUGCAGCAUGGGUCCCGUUCCCGUGUGCCGUGGGUGGCAGUGGCUGCACCUGGCGCUAGGGCUGCUCUGUGGAUGUGGGUGAUGAUGGCAGGAGGGGACGCUGGCCUUCCCACACAUAGACUUGCAGUUAGUAAAUCAUAAGCCCAAAUAAACAAGGUGUUUGAAUAUA